AUGACUAUGGCUAUGACACAAUUACUGCAUCUACCACUGAGUGCGCUGCUCCUGCUCACAUGUGCGCUUACAGUCUCAGCGCACGGCGGCGAGCAUUCGCAAAUUGAAGUCGCGCCGGACGCAGACUGGGCGACUCGACACAUGGCUGAGGAGCAUCACAUUUCUGGCUACGAUGCCGCGACCUUCUUCAGUCUCCACGAUUACGACAGCACCGGCGUAUGGACGGCCCCCGACAUCCGACGCACAUACGGUCUCUCGGACCCCUCCUCGCAGCACAUUAGCGAAAUGAAAAAGCAAAUGGUUGUGCAAACAAUUCUCGACAUGUUCGAUAUCGACAAGAAUGGCGAGAUCUCGCUAUCUGAGUUCGUCACUAAAGAUUCCAUGAACAUCAAACUGCCCGACUUUGGCAUGGGCCCAGGACACCACGGGGAUGACGAGUAUGAGUAUGAGAUUCACCAUUGGGAGAAGUACCACUCGGGAGAGGAUGUGAAGGAGGAGGAUCUUACACAUCCGGAGGAUAUCGCGCAUUUCAAGCUGCACGAGCAGAAGGAGGCGGCGCAGGAGGAGUGGGAGAGGCUAGAGAAGGGCAUCGUGGAGAAGAACAUCCCGGCAAAGUACAGGCAGAACUAA